AUGGAGCUCUUCUUUGGAGGGACGUUGCAGUCCCAACCCUCAUGGGUUCUGCUUCUUUCAUCCGUUGGAGCGUUCGCUGUCUUAAGGUUCUCAUUCUGUGUCCUCAAAUGGCUCUACAUCUUCUUCCUCCGCCCCGAUAAGAACCUCCUCGACUACGGCCGAUGGGCGGUCAUCACCGGCGCCACCGACGGCAUCGGCAAGGCACUCGCCUUCGAGCUGGCUCGCCGAGGCCUCAACUUGCUCCUCGUCGGGCGAAACCCCGACAAGCUCAGCGAAGUCACCGGCGAAAUCCAGGCCCAAGUCCCCACCGUUGAGGUGCAGACCGUCGUCGUCGACCUCUCCGGUGACCUGUCCAAAGGAAUCCGAAACCUGGAGACGGCGAUCGAGGGCAUCGACGUAGGGGUUCUAGUGAACAGCGCGGGGAUCUCGUAUCGUCACACCAUGUUCUUGCACGAGGUGGAAGAGGAUCUUCUGAUGGGCCAGCUGAAGGUGAACCUUGAGGCCUUGACAGCAGUCACGAAGGCAGUGCUGCGGGCGAUGCUGAAGAAGAAGAGGGGGGCCAUCGUCAAUAUUGGCUCCGGCUCGACCGUGGCUUUACCAUCUCACCCCCUCCUGGCCGUUUACGCGGGGACAAAAGGGUAAGUCCUUUCCCCUCUUGCUCCUGUUCUUUAUUUCCUUUGUCCAGAUAUAUGGAUAUUUGGAUGAGACCAUUUUUACAAGACCAAAAACUACACAUAUUGAUAUUGUCACCAGAAAUAAUUCCAGAAAUAUACAUACAUAUACAGAACCCAGAAGACAAUAACUCUUCUCUCUUACCUUCCGCUGGACUCCAGGCAUUGGGUGAUGUAUAUGAUUAUAAUCAAGCAGAGGUAUGCCUUGCCUUCAAAUAGUACUUUAGGAUCUAUUUAAAAUUCGUACAAGAACCUUUGCCUGUUACACUUUCAAAUUUAAGCUAAAGCCUGCGUUCCAUAAUUUCUAUCCUUACAACCUUCAUAUAAUCUAUAUAUUUUCUAAAACGUGUGCUAGAAUAGAAGUCUGCACGAAAUCCAUUGGGUGUCCUAGAACGCAAUAAUAUCCGUUUACCCAAGCCAUUUCACUCUAAGCUUGCAUAAAAUAAUUUAUUUCUAUGAUUUUGACAAGACUUUAGCUAUGGAUUCCCUAAUCGUAUUUAACUUCUUUUUCAGCUAUGUCGAUAGUUUAUCAAGAUGUUUGCACAUAGAGUAUAAGGAGGAAGGUAUCCACACACAAUGCCAGGUAGGCUAGUCUCUUCAUUUCUUGCUGUAUCUUUAUUACAUUUGCGUAAUCCAUGUCCAUGUAUGCUGUAAACUCUACAGAAACAUUUUUCUACAAAAAGUGACACUAAGGUAAAAAGUAAUAAAUGCCUGAUUUCCUUUCGUGGGCCUCUUUCAGGUGCCAUUUUAUGUAGCAACAAAGAUGGUGGCGUUCAGACAAUCUUCCUUUUUCUCACCGAUUCCAACACAAUAUGCUAAGUCAGCUGUAAAAUUUAUUGGCUAUGAAUCAAGAUGUAUGACUUAUUGGCCUCAUUUUCUUCAAUGGUGUCUCCUUACAUUAGUGCCAGAUCGGAUUAUCAAUGGCUUCCGACUGCAACAUGGUCUUAGUCGGAGAAAGAAAUCUUGA